AUUUCUAAAUUUGAAAUUCCAUUUGAAGGUGAAAUGGUUGGAAAAAAGAAGCAGAAAACAAUGACAAAGAAGAAGACCAAGUCCACCGCUAAAGUCAAUCCUUUUGAGCUGAAGUUCAAUCGCUUGAAGCACGAUGUGCUUGGAAAGAAGAAAGGAACGCUCGGAGUGGGGCACCCAGGACUGUCUCGUAAACGCGCGUACGAACAACGAGCUAAAACUAUUGGUGUGGAGUACGAUCGUGUGGGAAACGUCAAUAAGAUCAUCGAUAAACGGAUAGGCGAAAAGAAUCGUGAGAUAACAAACGAAGAAAAGGCUUCAUUGAGAUUUACCGCGGAACGCGUCAAACACCUGAAGAAAGGUAGCAAAUUCAACCUUACUGACGACAACGACGAUCAUUCCGAAGUACUUACACAUGGCGGAAAAGAGCUGACGAGUGUACAAAAGUAUGACAAGAUCAUUGCAUCCGACGAUGAAGACGAUGCUGGCAACAUCAGUGCUGAUGUGGUCAAAGUUGCUCACUUUGGUGGAGGCGAUCUUGAUUCAACGAGAAAUGGUGACGAGAAGCCCAGUCGAAAAGAUAUCAUUGCUGAGCUUAUUGCCAAGACUCGGCAAGCUAGAGAGAAUAAGCAGAACGCAAAGGAUGAUAUGGAGACUGCUACAGAAGAACUAGAUGCCAAGUAUUUGAAAAUCUUGGACAAAGUAAAGAAUACCUUCCGUCCCGUUGGAGCUACAAGGUCUGAGAAACCGCAGAAAGACGACUACGAUCAAUUGGCUAUAAGUCUCAAAAUUGAUGCUGAUGCACGCGCUACCCCUGCUGAGCGCACGAAAACAGCAGAAGAGCUUGCAGCUGAAGAGAAGCACCAUCUGGAAGAAAUGGAAUCACUUAGAAUUGCAAGAAUGAAUGCAGAAAAAAAUAAGCGUGGUCAUAUCUCCAUCGAUGCUGACGUUUCGAAUGCUCCCAAAAAGAAAAGCAAAAAAGAGGGUUUUGAAGUCCGCUUUGAUUCUUCUGGCAGUCUUUUGAACAAGGAAAAGGUAGAACGUGUGACCAAGAAAAGGAUUUUGAUCGACUCUGACGAUGAAGUUACUGAUGAGGAGCUCGAAGACGAGAAUGAGGAAGAGCUUGAUGGUUUGAUUGCUGAGCAAGGAGAUGAGCACGCUGAGUCUGCAGGAGGGAAUGAAGACAAGGAAGAAAAUUCCGAUGAAGAGGCUGACGAUGAAGAAGAGGGAGGUGAUCACACUGGUGAGGAAAGUAGUGCAGACGAGGAUGAAGAGGAUGAGGUUGUGGAAGCGAAUCACGACAGUUCAGGGGACGAACAAGCAAGAGAAAAGCGGCUUCCAUUGGCAGCUGAUGAAGAUCUGCAGAUUCCUUUUCUUUUUCAAAUGCCGGGCACUUAUGAGGCACUAAGGAACCUCUUGGAAAAAUAUCCUACCAACAAAAUGGAAAUUGUUUUAGAACGGUUGAUCAAGUGUCACCAUCCUAGUCUAGCUGAAGGCAACAAAAAGUUACUUUCUAAAUUGUUCCUCUACCUUCUCCGCUUCUUCGAUGAUUGCUCAAGGUUGCCGAUCGAUGAAGAGACCUUGAAAACGCUUGGAACACUCACAAAAAUAUUAUACUCUUUGUUGAAGUUUGACGUUGAAUUCAGCGUCAGAUGUGUUCGUGCUUUGAUACGUCAGGACUGGAAGUUACGGAUAAACAAACCUAAAUCGCCGGUCUCUUUUUCAGUUAUCGCUCUCUUGCGGUUGAUAGCAUCACUUUUUCCUGUGUCUGAUAGAUGGCAUCCAGUUUGUUCCCCAGCUAUGGCUCUAGCUGCUGUAUCGCUUGCAAAAUGUCACAUAGAAAAUAUGGGCAUUCUUGUACGACAAAUUCUUCUUGUGACAGUUGUUGCUGAUUUUGUGGAAGAGAGCAGGCGGUUCGUUCCUGAGGCUAUUGCGUUCUGUCAGGGAGCUUUACUAAUGGCAGUUGAGAACUCCGACAGCGAGAGGGCUCCGUCAACGGCUUUUCCCAUAUCGUUACCUCAUAGACAAAUGCUGUACAUCACCAAGGAUCUACCAAAAGAUUCCACGAUCGAGCCUUUGCAUCUUUCAGAUGUUUUUAGUGAAGAUAGUAUCCUUGAAGACUCAGACGAAAUGCGCUGCCGGAUUCUGCGUUCUCUUAUCGCCGUAGUGCAAAAAUAUCGUCUCCUCUAUGCUGCUCAUGAGCAUACCUUCACAGCAACAUUCCAGCCCUUCGUCGAACUUUUGAAGCGAAUUCCAUCUGCUCGUCUACCCUCCACGUUAGCAGAGGAGAUCGAUGCUCUCUUGCGUUCUAUGGAAGCUGAAUGCAAAGCACAUUCAAAACUCACUCAGAUGAGUCGUGUAGUCACUGAGAAGAGCAUGCUGAAAAUGUUGGAACCGCGGUUUGAAGAAGAUUUCGACCCCGAAAGACCGCGCAUAGGUCGUGAUAUGAAGCGCAAAGGAGCACGUGCUGAGAAGGAGAAACUUCAGCAUUUGAUCAAGAAGGAGACUCGUGGUGCUAUUAAAGAACUUCGCAAAGAUGCUUCGUUCUUAAACAGAAAGCAAAGAAGGGAAGUGGCUGCCAAAGAUCGCGAUAGGAGAGAAAAGACGAAACGGUUGAUGAGUGGACUUCAGUCACAGCAAGGUGAAUGGAAUAAGGAACUGCAAAGUCUGCAAUACACCUCUACACGAAUCGUGGAGACGAUCAUACUUCAACACAAAAGACCAUCGGUGGGUCGUACGUGUAUUGCCGUUUCGGACCAUACGAUCCGCCGUGUAGCUCAUUUCUAA